AGAUUGUUUAAAAGUUGGCAUAUAAUCUAAAAUUUUAUUUAUUUAUUUAUUUAUUUAUUUAUUUAUUUAUUUAUUUAUUUAUUUAUAUUUAAAUUCAACAGCCAACGCGGAGUACAUCAUUAGUUUUUAUUGUAGUGUUCAAUGAUUCAUUAGUUGCAUAUAACACCCAGUGCUCAUCACAUCAUGUGCCCUUCUUGAUGCCCAUCACCCAGUUACUCCAUUCCCCCACCCACCUCCCUUUAAAAUAUUUAAACUACAGAGUGGGAAAGGGAAGUGAAAUAUUGGGGCUAUUUUCUGCUAUUCUGUAGCCUAUGUUUAGAAAAAUGUCGUCACUCAUAAAUAUGCAUCCACAUAUCCUAAAUAAAAUGCUAGCAAAUCAUAUAUACUUGGAAGGGAACCAGCUUACUUUUUCAGAGUAGUUUGAAUCAAUAUUCGUAUAUCCAAUAAUAUGAAGUAGGAUUUUGCAAAUAUGAGUAAAGGUGAAAUUUGUUAAUAUUGAAUUUGCCACACUAAGGAAAGUAAUACACAUAUUCUUUCUCUCUAGAUUAUCUGGCUUUGAAACUCCUUUUGGACAUUGACAUUAUGGCUUCUUAUGAGUUGGUAAUGGGGAUUCUCCUCCUCUUCCAGACUGUAGUUGGGCUUCUAGGGAAUUUCUUAUUCCUAUGUUUUUAUAUAUUGACUUUGUUCACUAAACAUACUCAGAGACCUACAGAUCUAAUUCUCAACCAAUUGGCCUCAGCCAACCUUCUAGUCCUUCUCUCUAGGGGAAUCACUCAGACACUGGCAGCUUUUUGUUUGGACUAUUUCCUGGGAGAAGCUGUGUGCAAGAUUACCUUUUAUACUCAUAGGGUGGCCCGAGGCGUUUCUCUAUGCACCACCUGCCUUUUGAGUGGCUUCCAGGCUUUCACUAUUAAUCCUAAUAAUUCCAGGUGGACAGUACUCAAACUGAAGGCUCCUAGAUUUGUUCAACCCUCCUGUUGCCCCUGUUGGAUUCUUCAUCUCCUGAUAAAUAUCGUUGUGCCAGUGAAAGUGACUCAUCCAGGGAAUACUAUAAACAUUACAAAAAUGAAUUUUGGACUAGGUACUACAGAAGGGUCUCAUUCAUCCAUAAGCUAUGCAUUCCUCUUUACCUUCCUUGAUAUUUUGUGUUUGGGACCAAUGGGUUGGGCCAGUGGCUCCACAGUGCUCUUCCUGCAAAGACAUAAGCAGAGAGUCCAAAACCUUCACCACACCAGUCUCUCUUCCAGAGCCUCCCCAGAGACCACUGCCACUCACACUGUCCUGCUUCUGGUGAGCUCAUUUGUUUCUUUUUAUUUUCUAUCCUCCAUCUUAUCACUCUAUAUGACUGGCUUUGUCACCCAAAGCCUGCAACUCAUGAACAUCAGUGCAUUCCUGGCUGCUUGUUUUUCAGCUUUUAGCCCCUAUCUCUUCAUCAGCCCUGACAUUCAAAUCUUAAGAAUCUACUUUGUUAGUUGUAAGACAAAAAUCUCCAAAUAGUCUCUUUACAAACAGCUACCAUUCAUUCAACAAAUUUUUAAGUACAAAAUAUUCGACAACUGUGGGUCUAACUGUAGACUCAUUUAAAAUUUAUCCUGGUUGUUUUUCUUCCUUUCUUUCUUUCUUUUCUUUCUUUCUUUCUUUUCUUUCUUUCUUUCUUUCUUUCUUUCUUUCUUUCUUUCUUUCUUUCUUUC